AUAUUUAUAAUUUUAUUUCUAAUAUGCUCUUUUUUUUUUCCCUAAAGUAAACUUAGCUUGUUCAUGUAAACUAUUCUGCAUUGAAUAUGAAACAUUAAAACUGUAGCAACUUAGUGGAUGACUGCUGAUAAGUUCUCGUUGAUCGUAUGCAUGCCAAGCCCAAAUUAUGCAUACUACUAAGUAAACGACAUUAAAUAGUCUACAUAAGUAUAUAUGAGACAAAUUUACAAUCUAAAAUUAUAUUUUUUUAUUUUAUAUUCUAAAAUAAUAUUAUAUCAAUAAUGUUAUUGACUUGGUACACGCCCCAUGUGGCCAUGUGUGUGUACACAAGAAUCUGAUGGCAUCAUGGCAGCCUCUUAAUUUUCCGAAAGGAACCCCUCAUUAGAGCCUAGAACUUGGGUCCAGAGUUGAAUCAUUUCUGAAUUAGCAUUAUCCCUUUCCUUUUUUUUUUGUUUUAGAAAAAAAAAAAAAGAAGAUAAUUCUUUUGAUGAAGUGUUGAAAGUAACGUGGUUCUUAAUCUUAGCCAUGUGAAAGAGAUUACCUAUUUGAGGAAGGCUCAAGAUGAUUCAUUUGCUGUCUUAUAGAUUCUUCUAUGUACCAUGGUUGAGAUUAUUAGAGAUCUGAGCAGUUAUGUACAUUACUAGUAGUAGUUAAGUUUUGGUGGAAGUUAGAUACAUCUAAUUAAGGAAAUUAAAUUCUAUAAUUUAAUGAGUUAAUUUUGAUACACUAACGGUGUAAUAUAGUCUUGUAAUUAUAUCUAUUCUUUUAAAUGACUAUUUAAUAUUUACGCGAUCAACUUGAGAAGUAGUUAUUUUUAUUGAUGGGAUAUUAAGUAAUUAGAUACAUAUAUAAAAUUAUUUUACACUUACGGUACAUCAAACUAGGAUUGAGAAAAAAAAAGGUAAGAGGCUUGACAAUUAGUACAAGUAAGGUUAUCAGAAACCUUUUUUGAUGAUUUGACGAAAAGAUAUUAAUUAAUUUCCUAGACUUUGCAAUGUAAGUAGUUUUCUUUAUGAACCAAAAUAUUUUAGUUGGAUGAGAAUGAAGCUGAGAACAGAGUAAAUAAAUAUAGGAAUUUUACCUAUUUUUUUCGUACUCCACUAAGCCAACUAGUCAAUAGUCAAUAACAAUAGAGAAGGAAUUUUACUAGUAGGUCUAAAUUUCCAAAUUUCACAUUGAUGUCUGUUACUGUUAGAAGAGACAUUAUGACUGCUUGAAUUUAUGGCUAGUGAGACAAAAGAGUAAUGUGAUUGAUUAUGACACUAAGUGGUAGAUGAUAGAUUAUAUACCCUUAUACGCGUUUUCCAUCAAAGAGAAAUGAAGGUGUGAACAUAAACACCAAAAUGCUUAGAAAAACUAGCUUGACCAGUUCAACAUUGUAUCGUAUUAGUCCUCUCUUUUCACUAGUUUCAAUUUGAAGGCCCACCGGACCCCCAAAGUCUGCGGACUACUGGAAAGAACUAAUGAUUUUUUAAUCAGUUUUUCUUAGUAAUUGCACAUUGAAGAAGGUAACAUACUAUGAACAGUCAAUAGCCACUUUCCCAAUUCCAAUAGGUUGGUGGCAAUGGUUGAGAGAAUCAAAUCCUUUGUUGAAUUGAGCAUGUAUGAAUUUGUUGUAUUGGUAUUGAUGCUUGUGGUGGCCGCAGCCACCGGAGAGAGAAGAGAAUGUCCAGCUUCAUUCAAUUGUGGAUAUGUUGGGAACAUCAGCUUCCCUCUCACUACAGCAGAGCGUCAGGAGUGUGGCCUUUUGGCCAUACACAAUUGUUCUGAGUCACCGCAGGUGGAAAGAUGGGUGCAACUAAGUGAUGAAGGCAAAACAUUUUUAGUUAUACGCGUAUCUCAACAGAAUUUUACUAGUAUUCAAUUCAGAGAUAAGGACUUGUAUCAACUUAUGCAAUCAAGAAAUUGUAAUGCCUUCAGAUAUAACUAUACUCUUUCUACUCCUCCCACCUUUCAUCAUUUUGCUUCCCUUCAUAUGGAAUACGAUACAACCCUCUACAGAUGCAACCGUACCCUCCAUUUCCCCCCAACUAAGAACAUGUUCAGUUAUGUAAAUUGCACUGGCAUCGAUAUCUACUACGGCCUUUUCAUUAACACAACACAAAUUGAGAGUUCGUUGACCUCAUGCACAAAGGUCUUGCUUCCAAUCAAAGAUGUUCCUGAUGGCAAUGAUCCAUUCACAUUCGUAAAUGCUGAUAUCAUCGCUAAGGUCAUUUUGUCGCAAGAAUGCACAGACUGUCACUAUAAGCAAAGAGGCCAGUGCCAACUUGACAGCAAAAGUAAAUUUUGUUGUGCCAACGUUAGGCCGCCGGAAAAUACAAGUGAGACAACUUGCUUGAGAGGGAAAAAAGAUCUGAGUAAGAAGGCUAAAUUGGGUCUAGUAGGUUUGGGUAUUGGCUUCUUAGGCAUCUUGAUAAUUGGGUUGCUCUUGCUCUUCCGAAUCUACAAGAGAAAACGUGUCAACUCAGGCAGCAGCCACUUUGAAUCAAGAUACUCUUAUUCUGAUUCCUCUUCCAAUCCACACCUAGAUAAUGGUGCUGCUUACCUCGGAGUUCCACUCUUCUCCUACAAGGAUCUUAAAGAAGCAACAAACAAUUUUGACCAUAACAAAGAACUUGGAGAUGGAGGCUUUGGCACUGUCUACUACGGGAAACUCCAAGAUGGAAGAGAAGUUGCUGUGAAGCGCUUGUAUGAGCACAACUACAGGAGAGUAGAGCAAUUCAUAAAUGAAGUUCAGAUUCUAACACGUUUGAGACACAAAAAUCUUGUGUCUCUCUACGGCUGCACUUCGCGCCACAGCCGCGAACUGCUGCUUGUAUAUGAAUAUAUUUCUAAUGGCACGGUUGCUUGUCAUCUCCAUGGCGAAUCAGCCAAGCGCAGCUUACUACCUUGGUCUACAAGAAUCAAAAUCGCCAUAGAGACUGCUACUGCAUUAGCUUAUCUUCAUGCUUCUGACAUCAUUCACCGUGAUGUGAAGACCAACAACAUUCUCCUUGACCAUAACUUUACUGUCAAGGUUGCAGAUUUUGGCCUUUCAAGACUAUUCCCCAUGGAUGCAACCCACGUAUCCACCGCGCCACAAGGGACUCCUGGUUAUGUUGACCCUGAAUAUCACCAGAAUUACCAGCUUACUAGCAAGAGUGAUGUGUAUAGUUUCGGAGUUGUGCUCAUUGAGCUAAUAUCAUCCAUGCCUGCAGUGGAUAUGAACAGGGAUAAGGAUGAGAUUAACUUAUCAAAUCUAGCCAUGAAGAAGAUUCAAAAUAGUGCAAUUAUUGACUUGGUUGAUCGUUCUCUCGGUUUUGAUUCAAACAAUAAGGUAAGGAGAAUGAUAGUUUCGGUGGCGGAGUUGGCUUUUCAGUGUUUGCAAAGAGACAAGGAGUUAAGACCUUCCAUGGAUGAAGUCUUGGAUGAACUGAAGAAGAUUGAGAGUGGCAAGGAUCAUGCAGAGCUUCAAGAGGAAGCUGAUGUUGAUGGUAGUGAAGUUUCUCACAAUAAGAUUGUACAUUCACUUCCACCACCUUCACCUGAAUGGGAUGAAGUUGGAUUAUUGAAGCAUAUGAAGAUACCACCAUCUUCUUCACCAAUCACUGUCACUGAUAAUUGGGAAAGUAAAUGCACCACGCCCAGCAUCAGUGCUUAGUUAAUCAUAUAGUACUAUUCUGUUACCAAUUGUUCAUACUCCAUUUUUACUAUAUAUAUAUGCGCUUUCAAGUCUUAGUUGUAACUCAUUGUGUCAAAGGAUCAUCAUCUCUCUCUUUUUUUUUUAUCUACUUGUAUAGUAGUUUUUAAUAGGAUGUUUAUUGGUUAAUAUUAAACGGCCCGUUGUAAUUAAGCAGAGUUAAAUUGAAAGGCAGAUGGAAGCAUUGCAUUCGAA